AUGGGACAUUCUGCUAAAGACGAGGCCCCCGUCGUGGCCAUCCCCAAGCUGGGCCCCAUUUUCACCAAACUCCUCCGCGAUCUCAAAUAUCGAACGCCUCAGCAUGAAAAUACACGCCCUGCCCUUGAAGCUGCUAUGCUCGAGUACGCCAUCCGCUCGGGGGCUCCAUACAAGUCUGAGUAUGCCCAGCGGUACUUCGAUGUUGGACUUACCCUCGCUUGUGCCUAUUACCCUACUCAUUCUUUUGCUGUGAAAUUACACAUAGCUAUCUACUCCUGGCUAGCCAUCUACAUCGAUGACGACGACGAAGGUAACGAUGACCUUAUCGGUUUCCAGGAGCGCUUCCAGAAGGGGGAGCCUCAGCCAUCUGCUCUCCUGCAGCGCUUCGCAGAGAACCUCCAAGAAAUGUCAAUCCAUUUCGAACCCCUCGUGGCCAACUUCAUCGUGCUUUCGUCGCUGCAAUUCGUCGCCGCUACCCUACUAGAGAGACGCAGCGAGCUCCACAGCCUGCAGCACUGCGAGGAAGCAAAAAGGUGGCCCGACUAUGUCCGCGACAGGAGCGGAGUCCCUGAGGCGUUCGCGUAUUUCAUCUUCCCAAGAGACGAGUGCCCGGAUAUAGGAGCGUAUAUGCAAGGCAUACCGGAUAUGAUGACUUACAUUAACUACGCGAAUGAUAUUCUAUCGUUCCAUAAGGAGACCCUCGCUGGCGAGACGGACAACUACAUCAACACCCGAGCCGUCUGUGAGCAACGCGAGCCUUUUGACAUGCUCGAAACUGUCAUUGCCGAGACAAUCGCGGCAAAUUCGCGCGUGGUUGGGCUUCUGGACACCAGAUCUGACCUCGUGUAUGCUCGCAAGUGGAACGAAUUCUUCAACGGCUACAUCUUCUUCCACGUCACAGCUCGGCGGUACAAGCUGCACGUGUAUACUGGGCUCGCAGAUGUGGGAGCCAAACGGCAGGAGGUGCUUGCAUGCUAG